AUGGCCGACGCCCACCUCGAGACGGCGGAGGAGACGGAGCUCAUCGCCCGCGCGACGGCCCCGACGUCGACGGCGGAGUACAACGCGGCGAACGACUUCGGCGACGACGACGCGCCCUGGAGCCACCCCAGCGGCGCGACCAUCGACGUGCAGAACGUCGUCGCCACGGUGAACCUGCGCAUCUCCAUCGACCUGCGCACGCUGGCCCUCAACGCGCGGAACGCGGAAUACAAUCCCAAGAAGUUCGCGGCCGUCAUCAUGCGCGUCCGCGAGCCGCGGUGCACGGCCUUGGUGUUCUCGACGGGCAAGAUGGUCAUCACGGGCGCCAAGUCCGAGGACGCCGCCCGCCGCGGCGCGCGCAAGUUCGCGGCCAUCAUCCGCAAGAUCGGCUUCCAGCCCAAGUUCGGCGAGUUCAAGGUGCAGAACAUGGUCGCGACGAGCGACGCGGGCUUCCCCAUCCGCCUCGAGGCGUUGGUUUAUGCCCACGCCAAGUUCUCGUCCUACGAGCCCGAGCUCUUCCCCGGUUUGAUUUACCGGCUGGUCAUCCCCAAGACGGUAUUGCUGCUCUUCGUCUCCGGCCGCAUGGUGCUGACCGGCGGCAAGUCGCUGGGCCACCUCCGCACGGCCUUCGAGAAGAUGUACCCCGUGCUCACGGAGUUCAAGAAGGAGUCCCUGCCCUACGAGGUCCGGUCGCCCGCCGCGGCGCCGCUCCGCGCCAUCGAGGCCGAGCCGCAGCCCGCGCUCGAGCUCCCCAUGGACGCCGCCGAGGCCGCGCUCCGAGAGCAGGAGCACGCGCCGCCCAUGCCCCAGGAGCAUAUCUCCUAA